AUGGCAAUUGAAUGCCUCAAUUAUAGAGUUGCCCAAGGACAACCAAUUCUAAAAGCUGAAAGAAAUCCUAGAUGUCACUCGAAAGCUGAAUACUGCGUGAAAAUAAGUGGAAACAGCCUCACAGGAAACGAACCCUUCAUAUCAGGACGGUGUGAGCAUGCCGGAGAAUGUAAGGAAAAUGGUAACGACUGUUUUGCUCGAACUGACGCUCAAGGAAAAGAAGAACAGGUCUGCUGCAGCGAUGGAAACUUUUCGAAUCUCGGAUCUUAUACAUCGGUCAUGAUUGUGAUGUAUGAAAGAAACGCUUCUUUAAACAACAUUUCAUUGAAACAAAACAACGAUUUACUUUUGGGCCUUCUUCAGCUUGGCGAGCUCGACUCGGACAAUUCUGUUUCUCAUUUGCUUGGCCUUCAUGAGCUUGUAUCUCUCGUAGUCGGUGAGUUUAGCUCUCUGGAAAGAAACAGUUGGAACUUGAAACGUUCGAAAGAAAGAAAAACUUACGAUGGCUCUUUGAGCGAUCUUCUUGGCCCAUUGGGUCUUCUGGAAGUUCUCGGUAACCUUGGCGGCAUCGAAGGCAGCGGCGACUCCCUUGGAUCGUUGUCCGACGCGGACCUUGAUCACGAACUUGGUGAGGUGGAGGUCCUUCAAGUUUCUGACGGUGCGGCCGACUCCUGA